AUGGAGAUAAUGGAGGAGAUAAUGGAGGACAUUGCACUCGACCUGAUCAUGGACAUGGCCAAGAAGGUGGUGUCGAUGGUAAAGAACAUGAAAGCCAACAAAGAGCGUUGUAAGCGCGUGGCCAAGCGCGUCCAAUCGCUGCUGCCGCUGCUUGCCAAACUGAAUGACAUGGACCCCAGGCAGAUUUCAGAAGUGGUCCGUAACGCUUUGAAGGAACUGUCUGCCACUCUUGCCAACGCAGAGAACAUCAUGCAGAAGUUCCACAAUUGCAACACAGUCAAGAGCUUUGUCUUCAGCAGCACACACGAGGGCAAGUUUCAGAAAAUCAAUGAGAGACUGGAUGACAGCUUCGAGAUCCUGACAGGAGCAAUACACAUAGAGAAUUAUGAAAAGUUAGACGAUGUGUGGAAAGCAGUUUCUGGGAAGAAUGAACCAGCCCAUCCCACACAGCCUUUUCCUAUAGGAUUCUCCAACUCAUGCGGGCCAUCACCACUGCCCACCAGCCCCACCAUGCCAUCACCACUGCCCACCAGCCCCACCAUGCCAUCACCUCUGCCCACCUACCCCACCAUGCCAUCACCUCUGCCCACCUACCCCACCAUGCCAUCACCUCUGCCCACCAGCCCCACCAUGCCAUAUCCCCCACAGAAUGUCUUUUCUACAACAAGCUUAACAUCAAAUAUGCCUGGAUCGGUCCCAGCUAUCACAGUAACAAAUGCUCCAAAUCCGCCAUACCCUCCAGCCCAACGACCACCUGCCUACAACCCCAACGCUCUCAUGGUCCCGGCGAUGAACACCACUAUCCCAUGCGCCAUGCCCCCCCGAGUGGUCACAGUGCCUGCUCCUGUUCGCCCCGUCUUUUAUGGGCCAGUAGCCCCUCGGCCCCAGAGUGUGUUUCCCAAUACUCAUGUUUACAGUCAGGCCAUGGCCCCACAGCAGGUCAUAGUGACGGUACCCCGGCCUCAGCCUCAGGUGCUCACGAACACAGGGGUGGCGACUGUGUAUUUGAACAGGCCUUGGUGA